CAUAUAAUUCAUGUGUUGCACCGUGUAAAACACCUUGCAGAAAGUAGUCUCUCGCUCUACCACACCGGCGAAACCAAAACCCAAUCCGUACCAAGAGAAACCUGAAAACCCUAGGUCACGGAAAACCGUCGCAAAAUCGCAAAUGAAGAAAGCCGGAGCCGAGAAGAAGCGGGCCCGGCGAUCCUCCGCCGCCGUAAAAACUGCUGCCGGUCGAGAUCCGGCCACCGAUACUCCGCCUAGGAAACAAGGGAACAAGAAAGACGUAUUCCAAUUAUUUGCUGAGAAAGUGAGAGAUCAUAAAGACUUGGUCUCCAGGUGGGCCGUGUUACAGGAAACCCGUGUUGAGUACUUUAGGGGAAAGGAUUUUGUUUCGUUUUUGAAAAAUCAUCCAGAGCUCAAAGACAUCUUAGAAUCAGAUAGGCAUCUAGAAGUAGAUGAUAUUGUCAAUGUACUGCUGAGCAAGAACCUUCUAGUUCGUUGUGACCGCGUGGUGAAAACAGUACGUCCUGGAAAAAGAAAAUUGUCAACAUGGCCAGCUCAUUUAGAAAUAUUUCCUGAGCAGGAGUUUUCUGAUAAUGAUGCAUUUUUUGCAUGGACUUUUGUGAACAAGCGGCCACUAUGGCAAACACUUUUAUCAUUAUCUUGGCCUGUUUUGACUCUUGCAAUCUGCUUGUUCCCUGUGUAUCCUCACCAGGCGAAACUUCUCAUACUCUACUCGUGUGCUGGGGUACUUCUCCUUAUUCUUUGCCUGCUUUUGGUGAGAGCCCUGAUAUUUGGUGCAUCAUGGAUUUUACUUGGGAAACGUAUCUGGAUUUUCCCAAACAUACUUGCUGAAGAAGCAACACUCAGAGAACUUUUCCGUUUUUGGCCCCAAAAAGACGAGGAGGAGAAACCCAAGUUAACAGCAAGGUUGUUUUAUGCAAUUGUGGCUGUUUUAGCCAUACUACUUUUGAGGCAUCAUGCUCCUGAUGAGGCUGCUAGGGCCAGGUAUCAGAAGCGGGUUUCCAACAUUAUAGACGAUGUUCUUGAGUGGGACCCACGGUUGGCUUUGUCGGGCAUGAUGGAUAGCAUGCAGUCAGAAGUUAACGGUACUGAAACUAACAACAAUGUUACUGAUGGCGGAGGCAGUGAAAAGGCAGCGUCCCCUGACUAUGUGGAACAUGAGCAUGAUGAAAGUACAGAAGACAAAGAUCUGUACGAUGAAAAAAUAUAGGAAAAUGUAAACAGAUUAAAAGGUAUUAAAAAGGGAAUAUUAUUAUGUAUUUGCUUUUAUAUUGUUUUGAGUGUUAGAAUCUGUGAUUGAACUUUGAAAAUAAAUCUAAGUGGCUAGAGAAAGAUAGCACCACUUGGUCUUGCAGUUGAA